GAUCUUAAUUAUUUGUCACAUUGGGUUGGCGAUUUCUUUCUUGUUCAUGAAUAUAUAAAUGACUAUUAUUUAAUAACCGUUCUUGGUAAUUGCCAAGUCUUGGAUUAUUAAAAAUAUGGCAAGCUGUGGUGACUUUAUUAAAAGUCAAUUCCCACUUAUCGAUGAUGAGCUGAAAAAAUAUGUUGAAGAUAUACUCGAUGGAAGCGCUGGUGAAUUUGAAGAUACGGAAGAGGUUUAUGAAGCCGUAGGUGAAGUAUUGCAAGGUAUAUCUGAAAAAUCGGAAAAGGAUAUCAGGGAAAUAUGUGAGAAGUUGCUACACAUGUUGCAACCUGACAAGACUAGCAACACUAAUGGACUAAGAAAAGUAUUAGAUGCCCCAAUUCAUUUAGCUUCAAUGACAUCUACUGUUCAAGAAAAUGAUGAUCUCAAAAGUAUAUGGUUGCAGACAAGAGAUGAUAGCUUAAAAGUAGAUGCAAGAAAGUUAGAAAAAGCAGAAGCAAAACUGCAACAGAAACAACAAAAGCAGAAGGAUAACAAGAUGCCAGCAGCUGUUCCAGUUCUUCAAACAGCAACAGCAUCUCAAGUAACUUCAAAAAAAGACAGUAAAUUAGAAGCUAAGGGCACUAAUAGAACACAAGACAUUAGGAUAGAAAAUUUCGACAUUGCAUAUGGUGACAGAGUGUUAUUACAAGGCGCAGAUCUGGUUCUUGCAUUCGGUCGUCGUUAUGGACUUGUUGGCAGAAACGGUCUUGGCAAGACAACUCUACUCAGGAUGAUCUCUGCAAAACAAUUGAAAAUUCCAUCCCAUAUAUCCAUUCUCCAUGUUGAACAGGAAGUGGUGGGAGAUAACACAAUAGCAUUACAGAGUGUCUUAGAGUGUGACACAGUUAGAGAAAGUUUAUUGAGAAGAGAAAAAGAAAUUACUUCUGCUAUAAAUAAUGGGUCAACUGACACAAAUCUUUCAACAGAACUUAGUGAAAUUUAUGUUCAAUUAGAGAAUAUAGAAGCAGAUAAAGCUCCCGCUCGUGCUUCUAUAAUAUUGAGUGGUCUCGGUUUUACACCAGAGAUGCAGGCGCGAGAGACUAAAACGUUUUCUGGCGGCUGGAGAAUGAGAUUGGCACUCGCAAGGGCGUUGUUCUCCAAACCUGAUCUACUGCUUCUGGAUGAGCCGACGAACAUGUUGGACAUAAAAGCCAUCAUCUGGCUAGAGAAUUACCUUCAAAAUUGGCCUACGACGUUACUUGUAGUAUCUCACGACCGGAACUUCUUGGACACAGUGCCUACAGAUAUUUUACAUUUGCACACUCAGAGGAUAGACACGUAUAGAGGAAAUUACGAUCAGUUCCACAAGACUAAGACUGAAAAGUUGAAGAAUCAACAGCGCGAGUACGAGGCGCAACAGCAGCAUCGCGCGCAUACGCAAGAGUUUAUCGAUCGUUUCCGUUAUAACGCCAAUCGUGCCUCCUCGGUGCAGAGCAAGAUCAAGAUGCUGGAUAAGCUUCCAGAAUUGAAACCUGUGGAAAAGGAGGUGGAUGUGGUCCUCCGGUUUCCAGAAACAGAGCCACUGUCGCCACCCAUUUUGCAACUGAACGAGGUCGGCUUUUAUUAUUCCAAGGACAAGGUUAUAUUUUCCAACGUCAAUCUCGGCGCCACUCUCGAGUCUAGGAUAUGUAUCGUGGGUGACAACGGUGCUGGCAAGACUACGUUACUAAAAAUAAUAAUGGGUAUACUAUCCCCAACGAGUGGUAUCCGAAGUGUGCAUCGUGGUCUAAAGUUCGGUUAUUUUUCGCAACAUCACGUCGACCAAUUAGAGAUGAAUGUCAACUCUGUAGAAUUGUUACAGAAGAGUUAUCCAGGUAAGACGAUAGAAGAGUACAGAAGACAGCUCGGCAGUUUCGGUGUGAGCGGUGACCUCGCGUUACAAACUAUAGCGAGUUUAUCCGGUGGACAGAAAUCUCGUGUGGCCUUCGCUCGGAUGUGUAUGGGAAAUCCGAAUUUCUUGGUACUCGAUGAGCCUACUAACCACUUGGAUAUAGAGACGAUCGAGGCAUUAGGGAAGGCCAUCACUAAGUACACGGGUGGUGUGAUACUAGUGUCUCACGACGAAAGGUUGAUACGGAUGGUGUGUAAAGAACUUUGGAUCUGCGGUAACGGCUCAGUGACUAGUAUAGAAGGCGGUUUCGAUGAAUAUCGCAAGAUCGUCGAACGCGAACUAGAGGCGCAAAACAAGUAGACAAACACGCAAUAUAUUAUUAAAUAUACAUAAUUAUACACAACACACUAAUAUAUAUGUAAAAAGUAACCAUAAAUUAUAUUAUUGUAAUA